ACUCCACACAGGCACGUCUGACUAAGUUUACUCUACGAUAAUGGCUCCAUCUCACCAACGAAAGAUGCAUUCAGCUCACUGAGCUGAGCAUUCACGAUCUGAGAAUAAAAUUCAAGCUACGUCAUUACCAGCAGUAUAAUCUAUUUCAAGCUCAUCUACAGACACAACACGCAACGCAUAUGUAUACCGUAUGUAGUCGGUUUUGUGUUGGGAAAAAUAAACAAUGCAUUGUGUUAUCUUCCAGCAUUCGGGCAAUAGCGAACCACAGACAACGACGCACACCUCUGAUAACGAUCGACUUAACUUCCACACACCUGUUUGCCAGCAGUGACACGUGAAGGUACGAGCAAGCAAGUGAAAAGGGGUAAGGAAAAACUGUCCCGCGGGCUACCAACACUCGUUCCAAUCGGUAACCAACACACACCGUUAGCACAGUGAGCGGACGCGGCCAUUCAACUGAGUCACGGAAUUCCGCAGUGUGUCCAGUGUCGCACUACGCGUAAGUGCAGUAUCUUUUCGCUGAUUACAAGUGACGGUUGGUUUCGCUGGUCACCGGGCGGCUUAGUGCGAGCAACUUGGGUCGGGAAAAUUCGCCAAAGGAAAAACCGGUAUCGAUCACUUGAUGAGAAGCACCAGCCGAAGAGGAAAAGAGGAUUUGCUUUCAGAACGAUCUGUUUGACGACGUUUUGAGUUGUGUGUGCGUGUGUGGCUGGAACUAAAGUAAAGUUACAGACAUCGCCUUAGCGGGUGAUUAUCGCCUGGUCGUACUGUGUGCGGGGGCCGUGUGUUGUGAAGUUUAAAUUUCCGCAUACAGCAAGUGAGAAGAAAAAGUCAUCGUUUCACCCUUCCAACCCCUUCCUGCGAACAAAGCGCUUGUGUUUGUGUGUGUAUCAGACCUUCAAAGUGUUUGUGGGGAGCACGAGCGUGAGUGUAAGUGGGACCCGCGAAAACACGACGAUAACCGCGAGAUAGCGUAAAUAGAAGAGGAAAAACAUACUGUGUGUAAUACGCGAUAAAAAAAAUCUCCACGGACUCAGUAGAAAAGAAACCUCCCAUUGGCUUGAGACGUCUUCUCAUCUCGCUUUCAUCAAGUGUUGAUUCAGUUUCCUUUGGCCACUGUCUUUGCCCCCACCCGGGGAUCAUCUUCACCGCGUGAGAAGUGAGCUGGCAACGAAACGGAACCGUACCGAACUCACACGGCUCUGUUUGCGCAAGAUAUCAAAAUAGUGGGUGGGAAAACAACAUGUACAGCCAUGGUAAUAGUUGUGGUAGUGGUACGACCAACGACGACGAUGUUGAGGAGUCGAUCCAUCAGUCAUUCGCCCGGCCGAAGAGGCAGACGCAUUUGAAACCCGCUGCCGAUCGCAUUUCGUGUGACAGUGGCAUUUCACUGGAGGAUCCAUCGUUAAUCACCACCCACCCAGCCAACCCACCGCCCAACGUGGUGCGUCGUGCGAAGGGUGGUAAUGGUGCGUCGUACGUCCGACGGUUGACCCAACUAUUCGAGAACCUGACACACGACGAACUGCGCCAGGAGCAGGAACGUCAGGAACAGUGCUCAACAAUGUCCUCGAACGCCGUGGAUCGCACGAUCCGGACACCGUGCGAACUGCAGCAGGUAACCGAAGAACCAUCCACACCGGAAGUGACCGAAGAAUCCCCAACCAAUCCUACCCCAUCACCCAUACUACGGGCAGUGCCGUGCCAAGUGAUAUCGAGCACAAUCGUGGAAAGUGUUGCGGUCGUUAGUGGUACGGUGGAAAGUGAAAAUCGCCCCACGAGUGAUGGUUCAAACGAUGCGGAAAUUGCACAAGACGCAUUAGCGCCGCUGCCAGUUGUGGCUCGUUCGCGGAUGCCCAAUUUAGAGGCCAGUGCGGAAGAUCGUGUUAUGUCGAUGAGUGUACGACGAGCGAGUGGUAGUGCACGUGCGAGUGCGGUGGGCAAGAAACGGUUAAGUCGCCGUCGUCGAACGACUCAACAGAUGGCGGAGGAAAACGUUGGUGGUGGUGGUGGUGGGGUUGGGGGUGGUGGUCCGCGAGCAUUCAGCUACUCCACUGAGCAGGGUGAUAAGAUGGAUGGUGGUGAGCACUACUACGACUACAUGUACGACGACGAUGAGUUCGAUACCAGCGAGGAGGAAGAGGAAACGUUGGCCGAGAAGUCGGAGCCACACAGGGUUGGUGGAAGUGAGGGCGAAUUCGGCGAAGGGGCAGCACCGCCAGAGAUUUCAGAAGCUCACAAUAUGCACGUACCGGUGAUCGAUCAUGGUACUCCACACUACGAAGAGCAUGACGAGUUUAGCAGCAGUUCGUUCGAUAGUGACUCGGAGGACGGAGAACCAUUCGCAGUACGACCCGAUUCGAACAGUUCCCUCAAAACGGCUCGCGUAACAAGCAUUCUACAGGAGCUGUUGGAAAAUGAGGCAAACUACGUACAAACGCUUGGGCGAGGUAUCGAAAACUAUGUCAGCAUUAUGAGUGGGAAAGAUCUUCCACCGGCGCUGCGCGGUCAGAAGUAUCACAUCUUCGGUAACAUCGAGAAGAUACAUAACCUGCACCAGAACCAGUUUCUACCGAUGCUGGAGAGUAACCGGGCAAGCAUUGCCGGGAUCGCAGAAACCUUCAUCUGGUUCCUGGAGAAUGACAAGUUCUACUGCUACAUUAUGUUUGCCCUCAAUCGCCCAAAGUCGGAACGGAUAUGUAAUAGAAAUUUGGACUUCUUUCAGCGUCGUCAGCAGGAGGUAGACGAUAAGCUCGGACUAAACAGUUUCCUUCUGCAACCGAUUCAACGACUCCCCCGGUACAAGCUUCUGCUUGCUGAGAUUAACAAGGAAAUCCUGAAGCAGAUGGAAGACACACUACUCGAAUCGGUCAAGGACGAGAUCGGCAUCCUGUGCAAGGCCGAAAAGCGUCUCGAACGCUUCAUCGACAUCGUGAACGAAGCGAUGAGCAUUAACGACAUUCAGGAGUGCUACGAGGGUCCGAACAGUGUGCGGCUGGAACUCAUGAAUCAGUGCCUUGCGAUAUCCGAUCUCUUCAGCAGUCCGCUACACGCACCGAUGGUGUUGAUACUGCGCCCCCAUCAGGAUCAUAAUCCGGCCAAACGAGAAUCCAUUAACCUGUUCAGUCAGGGUAAGUUCCGGAAGAUGUUCGAAGUAGACAUCUACGAUUGGGACCACCGAAGACGCUAUCCGGCAAAGCUGUUCCUCUUCGAACGUAGUGCCAUUUACACGGAGAAGGUGAAAACCCACCUCGAGUACCGUGGGCGGUACGAUGAGUCGGAAAUAGGCAUCCACAAUGAGAACCGGAACAAGGUGUACCUCUACGCAAGGAAGCGUGGCAUCCAGGAGAUCGAGGUAACCUGCAGUGACAUGAACGAGGCACAGCGUGUAUCCACGCACAUAGAAAAAAUGAUGCAAGACUUUGCGGUAAAUGAGCGCGAUCGGAUCAAUACGCUUGUCCGCCCUCGGAUACCUAGCGUAAUGACAAUUAACCGGCGCAGCGUUACCAGUAUGAUGUCUAACAACAGUGCUGCCAAUAGUAUGCGAGAAAGCUACGAAUCCACCUCCCAAACUACGUGGAGUACGGACAAACCUAUAGCACAGCUUGCCACCAUGCAGAAGAACUUCUGCAGAAUACUGGCUGCAAAUAGACGUUACUACUUCAACGAGCUGCCCAACGAGUUGGCGUCCCGCGUGGCUGACUUUAUGCGCGUGUAUGACCGUAUACUGCAUUUCCAUGCCAAACGUUUGUAUGAGGACCUUUCACGGCCGGACACGGGAAUCGAUGAAAUUUGUGAAAUGUUCAUCGGAUACUUGAAGGAAGGAGCGCUCGAUGUAUACAACGAAUACAUUCGCCUGUUCAAACCGGCAGCGGAAGUGCUUAAGAACAUCCAUAAAGCAACGCGCUCCAGUAUCACCGACAGUAUGGUCGCGCCGACGAUGGAUGAGUUUACCUUCCUGUGCAUACAGCACUGGAACAAGUUGGAACACUUCCUUCAGGCGCUGGUCGUACAGAUAUCCGAACAGAUGAACUCGGGCCACAUGGAGCACCAGGAUCUGUUCCGUAAGCUGGCGUACGUCGAGGUGCAGGUGGCCGGUUUCCGUAAAUUGCUCUUCCAAAACUACCGGCUGUUUAACAUGGACGAGAAAAUAAGCCCGACAAAGCUGGGCCUGGUGCUGUACUCCGAUCGUGUCCGGUACGACAGCGAAACGAUCAGCUCCCACCGUGUGCUGCUCUGUGAGCGAGCAGUCGUGUGUGUUAAAUUCCAUUUCGUGCGGGAAUUUGGACGCCAAACGGAAAAAUACACUGGCUUCGCGUUUAUCGAUCGUUUUGGGCGCGAUGGAAAAAUGCCCAACGUACGGAUCAGCAAGAAGUCCGAGGUGCGGCUGAAUGUGAUGCAGAACGAGGCGAAACAUCCGAUUGACUUCGGUAACACGGCUAACCGGGACAAAUUCUACGGCCAGUACUGUGCGGUACACGCAAAACACACUUAGAACGGAAAAAACAAAAAAACUUGUGCGAACUAAUCUGUAGUCAAAAACCUCUCUUUUAACACCUUUACGAAGUGCAUAAUAAAGUUCUAGCUUUUCAAUGAUCGCUCUAAAAA